AGUAAUGUGUCUGAUCCUCUGGGAUUGGUAGAACUUUUUAUAUGAUGAACAAGAUUUGUUCAUCAUAUUUGACUUGGCUGUCUGGGUAGGAGCUCAAGGCUGGAUUGUUUAAAGGAACUGUAUUUCUGGCUUCUGGGUAACCAGUAAAGUGUUGUAGAAGCUAUUUUGUUGGCUGGUUUGGUAAAUCUAAGUAUUAGAAAUAUCCAUUAGUUUUGGGGAUCGUCUGCCCCAUUCUUUGCACUUUGCCCUGACUGAACAAUCUCAGCGUGGCCUCCCCUGGGACUCUGGUCACAGUAGUGCUUUCCAACUCUAUUCACACUGGGAAUGUUAGAAUCAGAAAAUAGAACAAAAGUAGUCUUAUUAAUAUCACACCAAAUACUGCUCAUUUUAGAAGCCAUUUAAGUUUAAAAGUCGUCUUUUCUCUUGCUCUCUUUGGCAUUUGAAGUGGAUGUGAAUGUAAUUUACACCACUGGUGUAAAAAGGCCUUAGGCCUGGUCUACACCUAAAACUUAGAUUGACCGUGCUACAUCUCUUAGGGCUGAGAAAAAUGUCAUGCCUUGUGCAACAUAGUUAGGUUGACCUGACCUAACCCUCCCCUCUUGUAAACGCAGCUAGGCCAACAGAAGAACUCUUCCAUCGACCUACCUACUAUCUCUCUGAGAAGUGGAUUAUGUACGCUGUCGGAAAAUUCCCUUCCUUUGAUGUAGGAAGCAUCUACACUACAGCGCUACAGUGCACACACAGCUGCAGCACCGUAGCUGUGCUUCUGUAAUGUGGACAAACCUUUAAUGUAAAUGAAAAUUAAGUCUGGAGUUCUUUGGUGAAAUGUUCUAUGAGGUCUAUGGAGAGAAUCAAAACUUGAUUCAGCAUUCUUCCUGCUGCAGGGAUGGAAAGAAGUGUAUUAUGGAUCUUAGGAACAGGAGGGAUGGUGUGACAGAGUGGAUAUCAGAGAGGCCACAGGACGAGCUGCCAAGUCUGAGAAAACAAUUGUGGUCUCUGGUAUUCCAGAUGGCAUUGUGAAAGAUGAUGUCAUGGCUGACAUAUUGAUGAUUCAUUUCCAAAAGGCGAAGAAUAGGGGUGGAGACGUGAAGGAUGUAGUUUAUCCAACAGCAAUAAAAGGAGUUGCAUACAUAAUCUUUGAAGAUCAAGAAGUUACAAAGAAUGUUCUCCAGAAAGAUGAACACAGACUAGAGGACAAGAGGCUGGGCAGGUAUUAUCCUCUGAAAAUCUCUCUCUAUAGUGAACACGUCUUCACCUGUGUCUCGUCUGUUCUUGAUUUGUCCAUUUUUGAAGAUAAAUACAUUUUGGAAGAUCUCGUGCAGGAGCUUCAGAAGACUAUCCCAGCCUUGAGCUUCAGUCCUUUGCAAUCCAAUGGGCAAAUUUCUGUUCAAGGGUCAUUCCCAGCAAUCAAGUCACUAAAAGACAAUUUGUUAUUAAAAGCAAAUUCCCUUUCCAGGAAGGGCAAAAGGGGAGAGAGAAAGCCGGAUCAAAGACCUAACACCAGGACCGAGAAGCGUGGACUAUUUGUGGAGCCAAAUAAUACUUUUGUCCAUAAUGUAAACAGGGAAGAACAAGUGGUUGUCCUUGACACAGAUAUAUAUUGCUACAUGAAACAUUUUUUAUACAAGGAAAGUCUGGCAAAAUACAAUGUUGUAAGUCGUGGAGUCACAGAUGGUGAGAUCACCACAAUAUAUCUAGAAAAUGCCAGAGCAGAUUCUGAUUCUAGAGAAUUAGAAAGAGCCAAAGAGGGAAUUGAAGAUUUGUCUGCAAAACUUCAUUGCAGAUUACGUAAAGAAAGAUUCUCUCUUGAUGGCAACACCAGAUCCGAAAGGCUGAAAUAUAAACAAGCAUUUGAGAGCAUAAAAUCCCGAUUCCCCAAAGUUCUGGUUAUUCCUUAUGAUACUCACAUUGAUGUGAUAGGAAGUUCCUCUGAGACAUAUGAGUUUACACAAGAAGUGAAUAGAACAGUAAAAAGCCACAUCCAAAAAAGAUUCAGGAGGUAGGAGUCAUUUAGGUGAUGCCUGCGAGCUAGGACUUCCUGAGAGUGACAUCUCUUACACCAAAGUACAAUCUCCCAAGGGAGUUGGUAGAAGCCCUAUUGCUGGGGACUUUUUAUAGAGGAUGUUUUGCACUUCUGUAACUUCCAGUGGAGGAUUUCAAAGCACUUUGCAAACUUCAAUUAAUUAGGGCCCAAUCCUGCUCCCAUUAGAGUUUUGCCAUUGACUCCACACAGCACCCUAAUAGUAUUAGGAGCUUCAUUUUACACAUUGUGGCUCCUCUAUCAUUAAAAGAAAAUGCAGGCCCUUCUACAUCACUGCUGAUACAGUCCUACAAUAUGUGCACAGGCACUUCUCAGAGUACAGGAAGCCUGGACACCAAGACAAAAGUCCCAAAUACUAACUUAAAUUUCAAACAUGUAGCAAAUGACCUGUUCAGGCACCUGGUGAAAUUAAAGUGCGUAGAAGUUAGUUUUCAUAGUGAAUGGACCAUCAGUGUUUUAUGGUACUCAUCACAAAUGAGUGCCUCUUGUGGCUGUAUUAACAUACACUCUUUUUAUGCAAGUUUUUGUUUAAUAAAUCACUUAGUUUUACAUGUAAAACAUGUUUUGAUAAACUUUUUUUCUUUCUAUAUGCAGCAAAUUUAAAGUAGUUUCAUUUAACCAAUAAAAAAAGUAAAUGCUGCAAGCUACUCCCCUCGGAGAGGUGGAGUACAUACAGUGCUGCGAGAGCUCUCUCGCAGCGCUGGUGGCGCGACUACACUCGCGCUUCACAGCGUUGUCGUGGCAGCGCUGUGAAGUACCGAGUGUAGCCAAGCCCUAAGUUUUGGAGUGAAAGCCUUGGUCACUGCAUUAAGACUUCCAGCUUUGCUUCUACUUAUAUAGUUAUUAUUGACAAUGCAGUGAAAUGGACACACAUUUCCACAGCAAGUCAUCACAUUCAGCAAUGAAUCCUGUGAGCAAGAGAGGAGUAAUAAUUUCCUGCACAAAUGUAAGCAACCUCGAAAUUGUACUGAAAAGCAACCAAUCACUCUAAUAAUUAAUUACAGAAAUUAGGGAAGGAAAAGACCUUUAUGUCAUAUUAUCCGUUAUCCCCCCUGCCAGUGCCUGAUUGUUUCUGGCUGUGUUUUACAGUCCAGUUUUAAAUGUUUCAAAUAGUGGUGUUUCCACCACAUUGCCAAGGAAAUAACUCCAUGAUCUAAUAGAAAAUUAGUUAAUAUUUUAACGUUUAGUUAAAUAUUUUCUGGAUCAUAAGAUCCUAGGAGCAGUAACUGCCUCUCUCUGUGCAUUUGUACAUUCCUAGGAAACGAAGAUCUUAUUCUGAUAGUUGUCAAUGCAUAUAAUUAACAAUAAUAAUCAUGUUUGUAUAGUGCUUGGAAUGUAAAAAAACUGUAUAAGUGCUUUCCAUCUACAUUGUUCCACGAUGCCUGUCACCUUGGUAGCUGAGGCUAAGUAUGAGCCUGAGGUUAAAACUAUGUCAGAGCCAUUACUAAACCCAUCUUUUAGUGGACUUUGUCACUUAAUGUGAUUUAAUGAUCUUUAGCAAAUUUGGCUCUCUCAAUAUCCACUGUAGUGGAGAACCAGGGGAGAGUGAGUUACGUUUUUAAAUGGUUGUAUACUAUGUAAUGUAGGCAUGUACAUAAUGCUUUGUCAAAACGAGACAAAACUACCCCGUGUGUUAUAUUUUAUAUCUCUUUUAUAUUAUUUUGGGGUGAAUCUAUAGGUAGAUACUCAAAUUAUUAAAGACAGUAACUGAACGCUUUUAAUGGAGAAUAAAAUUAUUUAAAAUCCUGUGGGCAUUUCCCUUUAAAAGAAACAAAUAAACAAACAAACAACCCCCCCCCAACGUUGUGCUUUUGGGAUUUUCUUGCCAUGACAAACUAUCAGCCUCAUUUAUUAUAAAAAUGGAAGGUCCGGUUAUUAUUUUUUCUUAAUCCAGUGCCAUUGUGGUGCAUGGAAAUUUACAGUGAAGGAAGAAGACAAGGUCAAGAAUGAGCUUAAGUACUUUGCUAUAACACAGUCUCAGCAGGGAUGGAAAUUUUAGAAUGUUUUGAAAAGAAAAAAAUCCAUUCAUAUUUGUGCUCAUUUCCACUGUUCAGACUGUAGUUGUUUUUCUCUUUGUACAUCAUUUUUAAUACAUUCAUUUUUUCUCUACCAUAAUUUAGAUAGAAAACCUAUAUUAAAAUUUCAGGUUUUUAUCUUUAUGGCAUUGCUGUUUCUUAUUUCAGUUCAUUGUUUGUGUAGAGGUAUUGUUCUGUUUUCAUUGUAUUUAACUUACCUGAUAAAAAUAAUUUAAAUUCCUUGAAAAUAAUAAAGAAUUUAAUAAAAAUUGUUACUUCAAAUAAUUGUAGGUCAAAUCCAAACAAUAUCAGUGAUUCUGGCACACUUACAAAUCAGAUGUCAUUUGAACUAUGAUUUAUAAACAGUUGCAUAGCCCAUCCUGCUGUCUUUAUGGUCUCUGUUACAUGGUAUAUAUUUAUUCCAAUUACAUAUAAUAGGGUUUUCUUUUUCUCUCUCUACAUUUGAAAAUAGUAGUUGAAACUUUUGAACAGAUAGUAAAAGGGAUGCAGUCAGCUGAGACAAAGGAACUAGAACACUAGGAAUGAAAUUCACCCAGGUAGCAAGGACCAGAGAAAGCCUCCCGUGAAAUGAGCGUGUGUCGG